AUGGCGCUUACUCUGUAUCGGCAUCCCGGCGAUCAGUUGGCUUGCCUCCGACUACUGCUACUUGGUCGUCCCGUUUGCCGAUCCUGGCCUACAAGCUACAAUAUAGGGGGUGAAACUGAAGCGGUUCAGGAUAUUGGAGCUCCGACAAAUGGCCAUCCACAAGAUAGGUUGGUGGACAUCUAUUUUGAUCAGCUGUCGAGUUCUCUGGCUGCGUCUCCAAUCCAUUCUACGACUUCAAAUUCUUUACCUCAUCUUCAUUCAUCGCUGACUCCUAAUUCAACGCUUUUAGGCCUGAUGGUAGAACGCGUUAAUAAACUGUAUGCCCAAGUGCCUUACGCUGAACGUCUUCAAUUCAUCAGACUUGUCACUAGACCGGGCGAACGUAUUUCUACUGUGAAAUCAGCUCUUCUUCAAAUCGCCACCAGAUUUUGCCCCACCACGUAA